AUGAACAACAAACUCAAAAUGGAGUUCAACUUAUUCAAGUUUACUUCGCAUUUUGCUGGCAUAUAUCGUGAUGGUAUUAGCAUUCCAUUUGGUGCUAAAUCUGUUUCACGGAACGAACACCCGUUUUAUCAGCGUUACAAUGUAACCUGUAUCAACUUUAUCAGAGAGGCUCGUUGCCCAUGCAGUUCAACUUGGGCACGCCAACAAACAAGCACUAUGAAUAACCGAAUAUUUGAGGAAGCUAGAAGGAUAAAUAUAGCGCAGUUUCAGGUAGUUGUCACAAGGGAGUUUCUAUUAUUGCUAUUGAGUGGU